AUCUCCGAAUCAAAAACUCGUAAUUAAAGAUUUUCGAGUGGAGGAGAUAUGCAAUUGCUGACUCUAAACCCGCCGGCCAUUUCCAGGACGCCGUCGCAAGCCCUAGACCCUUCCUCUUCCUCGAGUCUUCUUCUUCCUUUUCCUCAGAUUUCGAGCUCCCAACGCGCUCUUGGUCUUUUAGCUAGGCCUUGUAAUCCACUUCGACGAGGAUUAUCUAGGUCUUUAUCAAGUCGACAACUUUUCCGACGAUCCAAAGUUGUCAAGGCAGUAGCAACCCCAGACCCAAUCUUGGAAGUUCCUUUAACUGAGGAAAAUGUAGAAAGCGUUUUGGACGAAAUCCGACCAUACCUUAUGUCUGAUGGUGGUAAUGUGGCAUUACAUGAGAUCGAUGGAAAUAUUGUGCGAGUUAAGCUGCAGGGAGCAUGCGGAUCAUGCCCAAGUUCUACCAUGACAAUGAAGAUGGGUAUUGAACGUCGUCUAAUGGAAAAGAUCCCUGAAAUAGUAGCUGUGGAAGCAGUUGCAGAUGAAGAGACUGGCCUUGAACUGAAUGAGGAAAACAUUGAAAAGGAAAACAUCGAGAAGGUUAGUUCUAGUAUAAGCUCUAGGUUGCUUAAGUACAGAUGUCUGGUGCUGGAAGAAAUCAGGCCAUACUUGAUCGGAACAGCAGAUGGGUCGCUUGAUCUAGUGGAGAUAGAAGAUCCAAUCGUGAAGAUAAGAAUCACAGGACCUGCAGCUGGAGUGAUGACAGUUCGAGUAGCAGUCACUCAGAAACUAAGAGAGAAAAUCCCGUCAAUCGCAGCUGUUCAACUUAUAUAGAAACCACUCUUCUUGUAUCCCUCGUUCUUUGUAUUAGCUCCCCUUGUAUAGUAUUGUUGUGCAUAGACUCUGUGUUUGUUGACAUAUGUUAUUUGUCUCCAAAUAAGUUUUGAACAUUUUU